AUGAAUUGAUGUGCCUCUUAUAGUUGUCUUUUCUACGUCUAGCAGAGUGAAGUGUAGAAGGCUAGAACAAUACUAAAUCAGAUUUAAGAAGAGCUGUCUUUAAUGCAAUGAACGCCUCUAGAAAUGCUCAACAGAACAAAUAUACAGGGUAACAGCGGUAGGAAUCAAAUCUGCAAGUUUUUGAAAUCGAGGAGCAGAAGGAUAGAAGGUAAACUGGAAGGCAGUGGUAUUCCUAAGAAAGUGGGAUAGAAAAGAGUGGUGAGAUAAAGUCGGUGGAUCCUCGACUGAUUCAUGUGGUGAUGGACAACACUUCUCCAAGCGAGGGAGGGGGCCUAAAAUCAGCUAAAUCAUCAUCUAAAGGGAAAAAGAAGAAAGAAAGCCUGGAGGGAAAGGACGGAAGGAGGAGGAAAAAUGCUUCAGAUUCUGGAUGUGAUCCUGCAACAAAGAAGCUAAAGGAGAGGGGUGAGGUGGAUAGCAACGGUAGUGAUGGAGGUGAGGCGAGCAGAGGUCCUUGGAAAGGAGUCUCCAGUAGCGAAACAGGACUGGAUCCGAGGGCCAAGCAGUUGCCUUCAUUCAUUCCUCAGAUUAAUCGCAAUAUUCGCUUUGCUACUUACACCAAAGAGAACGGCCGAACACUGGUGGUGCAGGAUGAGCCGGUUGGUGGUGACACACCAUUGCCCUUCACUCCAUUUUCCUCUGUGGCUGGACAAACGUUGCUUGUGGGAUCUGGAUGUAAAGAGGCAGGAAAGUCACUGGAGCAGGUUGGCCCAGUGACUUCUGCAACCGCCGUUACUACAACGGCUUUGACGCCGACAACGGUGAGAAUCUCUGACACCAGUUUGCCAGCUGUUACUGGGCAGGAGAAACUGAAAACAGUUCGAUCUCAAGCCCAGGGAGAGGUGAGUAACUCGUGAUCCAGCAUGUCCGAGAAGGAUUUACGUAUUUGCAGCAGAUGUUCUGCAACAUACUCCUGUUACAACGUUUGGCCACGGAAUUGAGAAAACUGCUUUUUCUCUGAUUAGUCCCUCUCCUCACAAAGAAAACCUGUUAUCUGAUAUAAGAAAUGACUCCAAAGAAAAUUAAGAUAUUUGGUGAAG